UUUGAAUUCCAGAAGACGAGGAGUGUGCGUUGGCCAUCACUGCCCGUGGGUUACAUCACAAAGUACGAUAUUUAACGUCAUGGAAUCAUGACGUAGUACACACUGUGGUUUCACUAUUACUAUUAUUAUUUCGGCGAUGGCGGCAUGUUGCGUCGUAGCUUGCAACAUAUUAUUAUCAUUAUCGUUGUCGUGCAGUCGUGUGCAGUGUGAACGUAACGCCGGACAGUCGCCCGCGAUCCUUCCCGAGCACGGUUUGAACGAAAACGACAGUACGUCGUAUAUUGACUUCCAAAAUUUCGAGUGACGACUAGUGAUAACCAAGUGCUGUAAUUUUCAUAUUAUAAUACCUAUCCGCCCGUAUCAGUGUAUCCUUUAUAUUUUAAUUUAUCAGCCAACCGAACAUAGGCGUUAUAACCGAAUCACGCCGCAUACCGUGUGUGCGCUGCGAUACCACAAUAACGACUGUCGUUCCGGGCACCAGUCCAACCAGAUACCCAGGAGGGGGAUUCGCCAACCAAAGAUAAUUGACAAAAUGGUGGUAAAAGUUAUCAUCAUCGGGGCUGGAGUUGGUGGCACUGCAGCAGCCGCUAGACUUAGCAAAAAAGGAUUUCAAGUAGAAAUUUAUGAAAAAAAUUCAUAUAAUGGUGGAAGAUGUUCACUCAUUCAUCAAAAUGGACAUCGGUUUGAUCAAGGUCCAUCAUUGUAUUUGAUGCCUAAAAUAUUUGAAGAGACAUUUGAAGAUUUGGGAGAGGACAUUAAAAAUCACAUAGAGUUAUUGAAGUGUCCUUCUAAUUACAGCGUACAUUUUCACGACGGAGAAACAUUUGAACUCACCACUGAUAUAUCGAAAUUUUCUCGUUCUUUGGAAAAAUAUGAAGGUAAUGGUGAAUCAACAUUAAUUAACUUUUUAAGUUAUUUAAAGGAAACUCAUGUACACUAUCAGAGGAGCGUCAAAGUUGCACUCAAGACCGAUUUCCAAAAUUGGUACGAUUUUUUUAAUCCAAAACACAUACCGGACGUAAUAAAACUGCAUCUAUUGGACACUGUUUACAACAGAGUUUGUAAGUAUUUCAAGAGCGACUACAUGAGAAAGGCGUUUUCAUUCCAGACUAUGUACCUGGGAAUGUCACCGUAUGAUGGUUUAGCACCCUAUAGUUUACUGCAAUACACUGAAAUAGCGGAAGGGAUUUGGUAUCCGAAAGGAGGGUUUAACAAAGUCUUACAAAGUCUAGAAAAAAUUGCCGUACAAAAUGGGGCCAAGUUUAAUUAUAAUAUCGAUGUCCAAGAAAUAAUAGUUGAUGACAAUGGAGUGGCGAAAGGAAUCAAAUUGACAAACGGUGAUGUAAUAAAUAGUGACAUUGUAAUCUGUAAUGCAGAUCUCGUGUAUGCGUACAACAAACUUUUGCCAAAAACUCCAUACGCUGAAACACUUGGCAAAAAAGAACUUACUUCUUCUUCGAUAUCAUUUUAUUGGUCCAUGAAAACUGUUGUAUCUCAAUUGAAAGUUCACAACAUUUUUUUGGCCGAAAAAUAUAAAGAAAGUUUUGAUCAAAUAUUCAAGGAUCAUACGUUGCCCGAUGAACCAUCGUUUUAUGUUAACGUACCCAGUCGCAUUGAUCCUACAGCUGCACCAGAAGGAAAAGACACGAUCGUAGUUUUAGUACCAGUGGGGCAUAUAUCGGAUGUACCAAAUAUUGAUUUCGAUAAACUUGUGAAAAGAGCAAGGGAACAAGUAAUCGACACGAUAGAGAAAAGAUUAAAGAUAUCCGACUUCAGAAGUAUGAUCGACCAUGAAAUAGUGAAUGAUCCGAGAACAUGGCAAAACGAAUUUAAUUUAUGGAAAGGAUCUAUACUGGGAUUAUCUCAUUCAUUGUUUCAAGUUUUAUGGUUCAGACCAAGUUUGAAGUGCAAAAUAUUUGAAAACUUAUACUUUGUUGGUGCUUCGGCACAACCUGGUACUGGUGUACCAAUAGUUUUAUGUGGUGCAAAGAUGCUAGAAAAACAAUUAUGUGAUAGAUUUUUAGAAGGUAAAACUGAAAUAAACAUAUGGUCAAGGUGUAUUUCAUUUUUAAUCGGUCUUCUAGCACUUCUGAUAUUCUGGUUUUUUUUUAAAUUUUAAUAAUGAACUAUGAAUUUAUUGUAUGUAUACAUUUUAUGUUUUUAUUAUUUUAUUUUUGUAGUACUUUGAUUAUAUAUUUUUUUAAACUUGAGUUUCAUAGCAUAUGUUAUUUAAUAGUUCAAUAUAAAUAAUAUAGGUUUUUUUUAAGUAUACUACUAUGUAAAUUACAUUAAAUAUAAUAAUAAAUACAUUAUGUAUACUACGGGAUUAAACGUCUUAAAGUGAGAAUGAUUUGAUUACAGUUAUAUAAAUAAUAAUGUAUUAUGUAUUAUAUAAACGUAUUGCAAAUUAUACUCACCGUCCAUUAAAUUUUAAGGUGUUGGUUAGUUUGAAAUUGAUUUUUUUUUCAUUUGAGUAUAUUUUAAUUUUUAUACUUUUCUAUAACGUACCUAUGUAUCAUUCAAUAUUUUAGUAAAUUUUUUUAUGUCAAUUUAAUCUUAGCUUAAGUUAAUAUAUUACAUAUGUACAUCUACAUGGAAAAAUUAUUAUUAAUCAAAAUUAUCGUGUUAUUAUAAUAUUUAAUAAUUGUUUUUUUGUUAUUAUUUUUUAUUAAUAUUAUGGCUUCAAUAAUAAUGAUUAUGAACUUAGGAUAACAUUGUUUUAUAAUUAUAUGCAUACAAUUUUUUAUAAAACGUUCACAGACGUCCAAAUAAUUGAUUUAUUGUUUUAUAAUCUUAAUGGUAAUUUACAAAAAUAAAAAGACAGUAAUAGAUAUUUGAUUAUUUUUAUCCUAUAAUUUUAUCAUACCCACUAAUUAUAACACAUUUUUUUGAAUCUAGUAUGAAUUUCAAAUCUUACAUAUUAUUUUUUAUUGAUCACGUGUAUGACCAUUAAUUAAGUAUAAUUAUUAUUUACCAAUACAAAUAUAAAAUAUUAACACCUCCUACUUUGAUUACAAAUAACACUCAACAUUUUCAGAACUGAUGACGAAAGAAACCCUCUGCAACUCAACAAUUAUUAUUAUAUAAAAUUGUAUUAUUAAAACAUAAUAUUAUAUUUUUAUAAUGUAUAACUUCUGAUAAAAUAUUCUGUAUAAUUUAUAUAAAUAAUAUUAACUCUAUGAA